AUGGUCUCGUGCUUCUUCAACGACUGCCACCUCGACACAGACACGAACGACAGCUCGUCGUGGAAGUGCGCGUUCCACAAACACCGGUCCCGCUGCCUUGUUUCCGACUGCCACAACCAAGUGUACGCCCGGAACUUGUGUGUCCGGCAUGGGGGCAAGCGGGCGUGCGUCGCGCCCGGCUGCAGCGCCAACGCCCGCGUCGGCAACCUCUGCUCAAAACAUGCCACUCCUGCGACCAAGAAGCUGUGCAUGGUGGAUGGAUGCACCAAGCAAGCCCAUGCUCGGUACAAAUGCGUGCGGCACGGCGGCGGGUCCCAGUGUAAAGCGAUGGGGUGCAUAUCGAACUCCCGCAGCAAUGGCAUGUGCAGCCGACAUGCCAAGGAGAAUCAAAAGGACAGACGACGGGAUGAAAGCAGGAAGGUCGAUCCUGAGGAUGGGAAGGACGCCAAGACUGUGCUGAUGGACGAUCUGUUGCAACCGAUCGCGUUCGACCACACACCAGCGUACUUCUCGACCGACUUGUUGGACGUGGUGGUCGAGUGCUUUAGUGUCAUCGAAUGUGACGUCGUCACCGUCUGA